CAGCUUUAGCUCAGUAUCAUUCUUCGUCUACAGAGUGCAUAGGACCUGAUCGCCAUGUACGUUGCAAAAGUGAUUGUGCUAUUCAUGAUGACGUUGUUUUCAAUAGCUAAUGUGCGCGGUGUCGACCGAAAUGUCCGAGAUACAACGUUCUCCGGGUUUGCGUAUGAGAUGGUAAUUACAAAGUUAGACCUUUUACUGGACAAAUGGAACGAAAUGGAAGCUGCAAUGAAGCAGGAUCGAGAAAAAGUUGAUCAAAAACUGGCUGGCGUCACUCGUACUAUAAGUCAACUGGAGAAAACGAUGAAGCAUAGCCUCGCCAAACAGCAGACUCAGCUGAACCAAAUGCUCACUGAGCAAACAGUCCACGCCAAGCAAAAAAAGAUGAGACAGGAGAUCCAAAAGCUCGUCUCAAAGAAUGAUCUAGCUCGGUUUAGAGUCAGUUCAGGCUUGUAUCUCCAGAGUAUCUCGUCGCGAUCAUGCAAGGAAGAGCCAUCAAAGGAAUCGGGCAAGUACAUUUUACAACCAACCGAGAAGGAUGAACCAUUUCUGGGAUAUUGCGAACAGACUGCCUUCGGAGGAGGUUGGUUGGUGUUCCAGUAUCGUUACGACGGAUUGGUGGACUUUUACCGCAACUGGACCGAGUAUCGGGACGGAUUUGGCAGCAUGGAUGGAGAGUUUUGGCUCGGAUUGGAGCAGUUACACCGUUUGACGGCGGCUCGAAAGCACGAGCUGCUGGUGGAGCUGAAAGACUUCGAUGGAAACUACAAGUACGCACGGUAUGAAGAGUUCAAGAUUGGCAAUGAGAAGGAUCAAUAUCCGUUAGCGAAACUGGGAUCAUACACGGGAACGGCAGGAGACUCAUUGCAUGCCCACAAGGGCAUGAAGUUCUCGACCAAGGAUCGGGACAAUGAUAAAAGUGAUUCAAAGUGUGCUGUGUUUAAAAAGGGAGCAUGGUGGUAUAAGAGUUGUUACAGUUCAAAUCUUAAUGGAUUUUAUAAAAAUGGUAUGGAAGGAUACAGAAUUGUUUGGGCCACCUACAAUUCAUCUCGGAUAGGUUUGGCAUACUCAAGAAUGUUGAUUCGCGAGAAGUAACGGUGGGCGAAGUAUAAUUUCCAUCAGAUGAAACAAAGUUGUGGAACACAAAUGCCAAUUCCGAAGCCAAAGUGUAACAGACAGUUGAGUGCAAUCAAAUCGUUUUGUAAUUUGUUGAGAUAAAUGUUACGUGGUGUUGUUUACGUAUCUUUACAAGCGAAACUGUGAGUGUUAACAACCAGUCAUACAAUUGUAUGUACAUUCAUAUGAAAUAUGAGAAAGAAAGCAAUCCGGCACGUCCCAACUUAUUUUCUUUCAGGACGAUUGUUAGCGGCUGUUGCACCAAAUGAACGAAACGAACAUGAUGGAAAUGAUUUGGUAGAAACUCGAAUAAAAUAGCGAUCUAAUGAUCUAACGAUUGAUUGUAUACUCUAGGGACACCACAAUGAUUGUUCUUGCAUAAGAAUUUCAUGUUGCGUUCAUAGGGGUCUUGGAAUAUUUCUCUCAGCUUUUCAUGAAAGCUAAAAGCCACGAUCGCUAUAAUUAAGAUUACUGCAACAACACAGGUCAGGAAGAUAGGCUGAAGUUUUUCGAUUCGAUACACGAAAUAAAACUAUUGAAAUUAAAGGAGAGACACGUCUGUUCCGUUCGGAGUUCAGAUCAAGACUGGCUUAAUUAUAUUUGAGUUCUAUUUAUAUAUACAGGAAAUUGAUAAUUCCAACAAAAACAAUACAAAGAUGCUUAUCAUCUCGUUCGACCGUUUCUCUACCGGAAGAAUGUGAGUGUAACUGAGAAUAUCAAUAAAACACUGUUACAAUGAAGCGAUAUUAAGCAUA